UCUGAGGGGACACAGGAAAGCCACGAACGCCACGACCACGAAACCCAGAUGGUUCAUACAGGCGAAUUGACGGAGAGUCUGAAGGGGUUCUUCGUGUCCGGCCAAUUCUCCGAUCUGACGAUCCAUUCUACAGACCAGGAAUUCAAAGUGCAUAGAUUGGUCGUGUGUGGGCAGUCGGAAUAUUUUUCUCUUCUCUUCUCGAAGAAGUGGGCAGUAAGUAUUGUAGUCUAUCAAUUGUUCUAUAGUACUCUUCUAUGAUCGAUUCUAAGUGCCAGGAAACGAUCGAGAAUGAAGUAUAUCUCAAAGAAGACGACCCCCGGGCCGUCGAGGCAAUGAUUCAUUUCAUGUACGGGUUCGAGUACGACAGCAGCGGCAGCGAACACGGCCGCAUGUCGCCCAUGCUCUUCAACAUCAAGGUGUACCAGGUGGCCGACAAAUACGCCGUCCCGCUGCUGAAGCAGGAUGCCAAGGAGAAGUUCGAACGCAUCAUCCAGACGUGCUGGGCGAUGGAUGAUUUCCCGGCCGCCAUCACGGAGGCGUACAAGUGUACGGUUAAACAGGACCGGGGGCUGCGCGGGCCCCUGGUGAAGAUCUCGCGCGAGCAUCUUGCCGAGCUGCGCAAGGGAGACGCCUUCCAGGAUGUGCUGGAGGAGACGCUCGGGUUUGCCGCCGAGCUGGUGCAGGAUCUGGACUUGGUCGGUCCCAGUCGGACUGACGAGAAAGCAUACCGUUGUCCCAGCUGUGGCUCGGAAUGGAGGCACAGUGCGUUGAAUGGGAGGUCAAUGGCUUACUGCCCGUCCUGUGCCUCGCAAAGGUCCAACUGGUCCUCGUAUGUAAUCCAGAAAUAGAAGGGAGAUUGAAGAAUAUAGUUGAUUAGGCAAUGGAAGAACACCAAGAAAA